ACAUCAGCAUGGAUAUACAAAUCAUGUUGAUCGUUUAAUGUCUUGUCUUUAAAGUGGUUUUGUUGGUUAUUUUUAUAUAUAAAGAUCUAACAUACUUGCGCUGUGGAUUCAGGAAGGAAAGUAAAGGACAGGGCGCGGGCUAAACAAAUUCCAUCCUCGUGUAGAAGACAACACUAACUUUUACAGACAAUGGCUAAAGGAAUGUAUUUGGAGCAUUAUUUGGAUAGUAUAGAAGGGCUGCCCUGCGAGCUACAGAGAAACUUUUCAUUAAUGGGUGAUUUGGAUAAUAGGACUGAAGAGAAAAAGGAAGAGAUCAAUGAAUUGGCUGCUGAGUAUGUUGCAAGUGCUAGGAAUCUGGCAUCAGAGGAGCGCGUCCAGCAUUUAAAGAAGAUUGAAAAUGCCUACAAUAAAUGCAAAGAGUACAGCGAUGACAAAGUUCAGCUUGCAAUGCAGAUAUAUGAAAUGGUGGAUAAACAUAUUCGUCGAUUAGAUGCUGAUCUGGCACGCUUUGAAAACGAUCUGCAGGAUAAACUGGACUCUGGUAUUCAGGAUAGCUCAGAUGAAAAGCUAUCUCGAAAAGAUAAAAAAAUAAAGGAAAAGAAGGGCUCGCACGGUAGGGACAAGAAAGAAUCAGAUCAAGAUUCUCCCAAGCACAAAAGACAGAAAAAUGGUCCUAGUCCAAACAUUAGUGAAGCUCUGAUGCAUCCAUCAGAUGUCUUGGAUAUGCCUGUGGACCCUAAUGAACCCACAUACUGCUUGUGUAGUCAAGUGUCAUAUGGAGAAAUGAUUGGAUGUGACAAUGCAGACUGUCCAAUAGAAUGGUUUCACUUUACUUGUGUUGGCCUAACAACUAAACCAAAGGGAAAGUGGUACUGCCCACGAUGCAUCCAAGACAUGAGGAAAAAGUAAAGUGUUGAUCUACAGUGCAUUUUGAAUGAUUCAGCCUCUUUGUGAAAUUCCGUGUAUCUAGUAUUGGGGACGAACAAUUUUCUGUGCAACAGUGCCUUAUCUACGUUUAUGGUAUACCAGGAUGAAUGUCACAACAAUGAAUAUUAAAUGUAUUGUCCAGCUGAUAUCUCCAAAGAGCUUAGAAUUUUUUUUCUUUUUUUUUAUGAAAUUGACAGUUUGAAUGACAAAAGAAAAAUAAAGUUUAUUUAUGAUCAUGCAUCACUAAAACAAUCAUGCUUUUUUAUAGUCAAAACCAUUCUCACAAUCAACUACCUAAAAUAAAGAACUCAAUUAAACACGCCCAUCUACCUGUUUGAAUGGAAAAAUGUGUAAUGUGUUUUUGGCAAAGUCGGAGUCUGGUCAAUGACGGGAAAUGUAGUUCUCAGAGCCAUCCCUCUCAGCGCCUUAAAAGGAAAUUCGCACUACAUUUCCCGUCAUGCAACGCAGCCGUCAAAAAUCAUGGACGGGACCCAUAAGCAAACAGUAGUUCUUUGAGAUCACCGAAACUUCAUAGGCAAUUAUUAAUACAUUUUAAACUGUAAUACUCGUGCAGUUUUAUAAUGAAUAACAGAGAAGAUUUAAAAUAGUCAAUAUUAAACAGCUACGCUAAGUGAAGUGCAAAGAUUGGGCUGGGUCGCUAGUUCCGCUUCCCCUCCGCCAUAGCAGACAGAUCCCGGGUCCAAGAAGUUAACGUUUACUCUGACAAAACUUUAAAGCACUUUGAUACGAUUUCACAAAUCAAAAUCUCCAGGGAGAUCAUCCUCGAUAAAUCAGUUUGCGAGCGUGAAGAAGGCGUGGCUAAACUCUGAAGAGGUUUACUGGAGUUAACUUAACUGGUUGAUCUCUGAAACCCUGUAACCCUUCUGUGUGUGUUUCUGUGUCAUGUCUGACAACGGAGAGCUGGAGGACAAACCCCCUGCCCCACCGGUCAGAAUGAGCAGCACCUUUAGCACUGGCAACAAAGACAAUAUGUCAGCAAUCCCCGGCACUAAACCUCUGCCUUCCCUCCCAGAGGAGAAGAGAGACAAACAUCGUUAUAAGAUCACUUCUAUAUUCUCACAAGAGAAAGG